UCUCUCUCUCUCUAGCGGUUUCGUUGCCUUUAUCUUUGUAGCCGCUAAGAAAUUAAUGGCGGCUAUCAAUGUGGCCUGCAUCGUCUACUUUCUUCUCUCACUGUUAUGUCUGGUUGAAGCCAGAAUCCCUGGCGUUUACUCCGCCGGCACUUGGCAAAGUGCCCACGCCACCUUCUACGGCGGCAGCGACGCCUCCGGCACCAUGGGUGGAGCGUGUGGGUACGGGAACCUGUACAGCCAAGGCUAUGGCGUGAACACUGCGGCGCUGAGCACGGCGCUGUUCAACAACGGGUUGAGCUGCGGCGCGUGCUUUGAGAUCAAGUGCGCCAACGACCCCAAGUGGUGCCAUUCCGGCAGCCCGUCGAUCUUCAUCACCGCCACCAACUUCUGCCCGCCGAACUACGCUCUCCCCAACGACAAUGGCGGCUGGUGUAACCCUCCGCGGCCGCAUUUCGACCUCGCAAUGCCCAUGUUCCUCAAAAUCGCCGAGUACCGCGCCGGGAUUGUUCCCGUCGCUUUUCGCCGGGUGCCGUGCCGUAAGCAGGGAGGGAUAAGGUUCACGAUCAACGGCUUCCGAUACUUCAACCUGGUGCUGGUGACCAACGUCGCCGGCGCGGGAGACAUCGUGAGGGUGAGUGUUAAAGGGACGAGGACCGGAUGGAUGACCAUGAGCCGGAACUGGGGCCAGAACUGGCAGUCCAACGCGGCGUUGGUGGGGCAGGCCCUCUCUUUCCGCGUCACUGGGACCGACCGGCGCACCUCCACCUCCUGGAACAUCGCCCCGGCCCACUGGCAGUUCGGCCAAACUUUCGUCGGAAAGAACUUCAGAGUCUAAUAAUGGCAGCGUCUUCAUGUCUGAGAAACAACAGUUAAUAGUCGUUAUGGAUAAUGAUGAUGAUUGACUGUUAAUCACAUCUACAUCUAGCUUUUUUUCUGGGUCUGUCCAAGACAAAACCAAGAGCGAAGAAGAAUGUUAAAUUUUCCGCUUUGAUUUGUUUGUUUUGCUGUUGGAGAGAAGAGCGAGCGCAGCACUCUCAUAAUUUGAAUGGUUUUGGUUGGGUUGGGUGGGUGGUUGGGUAUAUGUGAAAGGAGGGAAAAUGUAGGCAAGGGGCUGAGGCGGCUUCAGAAAGAAGAAUGAAGCCCGCAGCCCCCUAUACUAGGGUCGUGAUAGUGUAAUUUGCAUAUUCUCUCUCUCUCUCUCUCGCUCUCUCUCUCUCUCUCUAUAUAUAUAUAUAUAUAUGUGUGUGUGUGUGUGUGUGUGUGUGUGUGUGUGUGUGUGUGGUUACUGGUUAAAUGGUGAUAUGGUAUGUAUAUAAAAACAUUAUUAUUAUAUUUAAGAUGUGAAUUUUGUACCGUCUUUA